AUGGGCCUCUUCAAGCGCAAGGACUCAAAGCAAUCAGCGUCCGAUAAGGAUGAGCAAGACUCGUUGACCUCGACGAACAGUGCGAGGACGUCAAACGCGUCUCUGAAAAUGCCACUGUCGCUCAAGUCCAGCGGCAGUCCUCCAAUCCCUGAGAUUCCCAUUGCCCCUCCUCCUGACCCCAAUAUCGACCCUGCCGCCUAUCUCAGAAGCAUCCACUCCGUUCGCCAAAGGUCCAGGUUUAUUAUGCUCAAGGCGAAAAUGAACCAAUUGAACCAUUUUGACGUGGACGUUGACAAGUUUGAGGCCACAGCGCAAUACGUGGUGUCGAUUAUCAAAAGAGAUUAUGCGCCCGACUACCAGUCCAUUCCCGCCCACGGUCGCUGGCAGCACUUUGAAGUCGGUGGCAGGCCCCGAAUCAACCAACUGCUUCAGUCCUGGCCCAGCACAAUUGAUUCCCUCGAACGGACAAGGCGAUUAAUCGAUUUGUUCCUAAUCUCAGUCUUGCUCGAUGCCGGAGCCGGGAAUAAGUGGUCGUACAAGUCGAAAGAAUCAGGGAAAAUUUACAAGCGCAGCGAAGGGUUGGCUGUUGCGAGUUUGGAAAUGUUUAAAACUGGGAUGUUCAGCAGUGACCCCACCGAGCCUUGCCAGGUCGACGGUGCAGGUUUGAAGAGGGUUACUGUACAAGCACUAGCAAAGGGGAUGCAGCACACGGAAGACAAUCCGCUGGCUGGCAUUGAAGGGCGUGCGGGACUGCUCACGAGGCUUUCGGGAGCCCUAGAUAAUCAGGAGUUUUUCGGAGUGGAUGCCAGACCUGGUAACAUGCUAGACUACCUCCUCUCUCAUCCCUCAACCCUAGCAUCAUCAGUUCCCAUCAUUCCAGUCCCCACACUCUGGAAUGUCCUCAUGGACGGACUUUCUCCAAUCUGGCCACCAUCGCGCACGCAGAUAGAUGGUGUGUCGAUUGGAGAUGCUUGGCCUUGCAAAGCCAUGCCUCCGUCGCCACCUACCAAAGAAUGGGAAACAAUAGUCCCCUUCCACAAGCUAACGCAAUGGCUCUGCUACUCCAUUAUGGUACCAAUGUCAAAGAUUCUGAACAUCAGGUUUUCCGGCACCGAACUUUUGACAGGGCUUCCCGAGUACCGAAAUGGAGGCCUUCUCAUUGAUAUGGGCCUACUUACGCUGAAAGAUGAAGACAUGAAACGCGGCCUAGAUGCUUACAAGACGAAUGCAAUGAUAAAAGGCCAGCCUAAUAUGGAAGUGGUCCCUCUGUUCACGGCAGACGAUGAUGUAAUAGUGGAGUGGCGCGCUCUGACAGUCGGGUUCCUUGAUGAGUUACGGGAUGAGGUGAAUAAGUUGUUAGAUUUGCCCGAGGGCCAACAGCUGAGUCUUCCGCAGAUACUGGAAGCGGGAACCUGGAAGGGAGGCCGUGAGAUAGCAGAGGUGUCGAGGCCAAAUACCAAACAACCUCCGAUUAUGAUCGUCUCGGACGGGACAGUGUUUUAA